AGCAUGUUUUGAAUUCCAAUGCAAACAGUCGAGUGGAUAUUGUAGAGUCUGUAGAGACAGUAGCCAAUAAUAGCUAGGUAAGUAAGAAUCAUGAGAGAGAAAAGCAGCUUGUUCCUGACACUAGUGGUCGCCCACCUAUUGAGAGUGGCCUGCGGUGCUGCACAAGGCACAUCUCCACAGUUCAUUAAACAGCCGGCCAAUCAGACUGCCUACUUAAUGGCAACCCUGGACUGCAGUGCAGCUGGCAGCCCCCAACCAACUAUUAGCUGGUACAAAGACAACCUUGCAGUGCAGCUCAGCACUAGAGUGUCCCAAGAUGGAGGGAAUCUAGUCAUUACUUCACUGCAGACCUCUGAUGCUGGAGCUUAUUAUUGUGUCGCUCAGAACUCACUAGGUCUAGUGCAGAGCCUGACAGGGCAUCUGACACUAGCAGAGGUCACCACUAUUCCCAGUACUUCUUUACAAUCUGUUUCAGUGGUUGAUUUUGACCACAUAUCUCUCCCUUGUUUGAACUUUGACCCUCCUUCGUACCUACAAAUCAGUUGGACCUCCUUCACCCCCGGACAAAUUCCUAACAACAGAGUGGGCGUGUCCCUAGAAACGGGCCGGCUGUGGUUUGCUAACUUUAACAGUUUGAGUGAUUCCAACACACUGUACACGUGCAGUGUGACCAAUAGCAUCACUGGUAGUACACAAGCUAUGGCAGCUCAGUACCUACUCACCAGAUCAGGAUCAGGUGCUUUGUUUCGUGAGGUGUCCAUUGCUGAGGGUCCUGUGGCAGUACAAACUGUGUCAGGUGGUGAGACUGUCAGCCUCGAGUGUCUACCCACUGGAAGACCUGCUCCAGUCAUGACCUGGCUCAAGGAUGGCACUCAGGUAUCAUCGAGUGGGCGUGUCACAAUCAGCGCUAAUGGGUGGAGCAUCACUCUCAUUGAUGUCCGCAGUACAGACAGUGGAGAGUAUACGUGUAGAGCAGUGCAGACCAGCAACACUGGACCCAUCACUGCUACCUCCUCUGGCAGUCUCAUUGUCGUGGACCCCACACAGAUUACAUCCUCCUUCCCAGAGACUGCGGCUAAUUUGACUCAACCUUUGACCCUCAGCUGCUCAGCAGACGGCACACCUCCACUAGAGUGGAUCUGGCGAGUGAAUGGAGAGUCUGUUACAACGACAACAGGGCUAACGGUGACAGAGGGAGUGUUGAGUAUCAGUGGUGUGGGUGAGGGGAAUGGGGGCGUGUACCAGUGUGAGGUGUGCCAGCGUCUGAUUGGUCGCUGUGACAGUGACAACGAACUCAUCGUUCCAGUCAGUGUUGGUCCAGUGUUUACAGUGAUGCCUGAGGCACUGUUGGUGUUUGAGGGGGCGUCUGUGACACUGUCAUGUGAGGCGGAGGGAUUUCCCCCACCCACCUUCUCCUGGUAUCGUUUUGGAUCCGUCACUCCCAUCUCCAUCACUGGUCAGUACAGUGUGUCCCCUCUCCCUGGUGAUGGUUCACUGACUAUCUCCUCUGCUGUUGUGGCGGACACCUCUCUCCUCUCAUGCAGGGCAGCCAACCUCGGGGGACAGCUAGACACUCCGCCCAAGCAACUCACAGUGAUUGGUGUUCCCAUGGUGACAGAGUCCCCUGCUGGCAGCCUCACACCUCCACAAGGCACAGAAGUCCCACUCGAGUGCUCUAUAGUGUCUACCUCAGCGGACUCAGUGGCCUAUCAGUGGUUACUAGAGGACAGUCCUCUCACACAACCAACGAGCACAGGUUCUCUGUCUAUCCCCAACUUCCAGUCGAGUAAUAACGGAGUGUACACGUGUGUGGCUCUGUUGCGUGUCGCUGGUGUGGGUGAUAUCCGGUACACCGUUGGAUCAUCCGUCAUCACUGUGGGGGGUCCCCCCUCCCCCCCCUCCCCUCCACUUAAUCCCCUCCACACAACCCUCACAACUACUUCCUUCGCUGCUGUUUGGGACACGCCCACUUCUGACGGAGGACUACCAUUGCGUAACUACUCUAUCGAAAUUCUCGAUCGUGGAAAUUCUUUCUGCCCCGGUUCCUUUAUUUGGAGCGUUGCUGUUUCCGGCGUUGAUCCCACGGCAACUGUUGCUAUGGUGACAGGCCUAGUGCCGUCGUAUGAUUACCAGUUUCGUGUGAUAGCCUUCAACUACGAGCACCAGAGCGUGUCCUCCAGUGUGGGGAUGGUGCGCACACAACCAUCAGCUCCACUGGCCCCGCCCACUAACCUACGAGCUACUGCCGACAGAGGUGAAGGUACAAUCACAGCAACCUGGGGGCCGCCCACUCCUUGUACAGCAUAUGGAGGCCCUCUAACUACAUAUACGCUAGAGUACAGAGUUCAAUCGGAAGGGAUGUGGUUAAGUAUUAAUGUGGGGGAAGUCACUCAGCACACCCUCUCCGACCUUCGUACUUCGACCUAUGAGCUCCGUGUAGCAGCACACACAUCUGUUGGCCGUGGUGUAUGGUCUGCUGUUACCAUGGUGAUGGUACAAGUUCCCCUCACUCCUCCGACAGGUUUAAGCGGCCAAUCAAUUAACUCCACAUCCGUUAGUCUAUUCUGGGAAGCAUCGCCGGGGGCAACGGGUUAUAUAGUGACAUACAUACAUCCUGACCACACACUGGGACGAGUGGAGAGUGGAGUUGUCACUAGUCUGGUGAUAACCGGGCUGUUCCCGGGAAGUAUGUACAUGUUCAGCCUGACUCGUGUAGUGGUGGGGGGUGAUGAGAGCCCCCCCGCAGUGAUCACCAUUACCCUCCCUCAAGGACUAACAAAUGUGAAGCCCAUCUAUGAGGAGGUGUGGUUUAUAGCGGUGGUGGCAGUGGGGACGGUGUUGGUCAUGUCCUGCCUCAUGAUCACUAUCACCUUCGUGUGUUGCAAGUACUGCUGGAAAUGUGGCUCUGACAAGGGCAAGAUAUACAUAACAAGUCGUCGCAGUGCCUCCAGUCUCAGUGGGGGGUCCAGCGGGUUCAGUGAGUACCAACAUCGCCAGAAGAUCAACGCUCUGAACAAGUCUAUCAAGGUUCAUAGUUCACCGACUCCUAGCAGACGGACUACAGAUUAUGCUGAUAUGAACUCAUUACGACCCGCCCACUCAGUCACCGCCCCCUCACUCACGUACACUGACUCCACCCACAAUGACGGGCACUACCCACCAAGAGCACUAAUGACACCAGAUGGAGCUCAUAUGACAGCUAACGGACUACAAAACAGUUUUAUCGAUGACCCCAAUGACCCCACGCACAUGUACCCGCCGGAUGAACCUGACUAUCCAAUCAGUGAAUUAGGGAGCACCAAUGGAGAGUUUAGAGGUCAAAGGGGAGAGUUCAGAGGUAAUUCAAAAUUUGACCUACAAGAACAACACGUUCGUCAUUUUAGCGGAGGAGUGAGUCAGCAGUUUUUCGAUACCCUCAACCGUGUGCACACGCCCCCUCCACUCUCCUCACAAUCCCCUGAUCGCUACACUCCACAAACGCCCACUCCACAAUCCUACGGCCUAUCACAAGAGACAAACGAUUCGUGGACCCCGGCCGAUCAUUUGAACACUCGAGGUCACAUGACUAACAACCCAGUCAGCAGAUCUAGCUCCAACAGAAGUUCCCACACCUCGGCUGGUGUGCCCACCCCCCAGAAGGUGGAUCUGGGGGGCAGGAAGCGUAACGGCCCCCUCUCCCCUGUACGAGAACAGCUAUUCCAGUCACAAGAGCAUCACAUGAUGAACGGAAUGAGCUUGCAAGAUUUUCCUCCGCGUUCUAAUUCAGCCCACGGUCAUCAGUCUCAUUCCACUGGACAUAUACAACCGCAUAUUGAGGAUCCCCAUUCCAUGCGACCCAGGUCCCAUUCCGCUGCCAACACUCACAAUGUUAGACAGGCCCCGGUUGGCAGGGAACUGGGCACAAUGACUCCUAAUGAAAUACAGAGCAGACAACUACCUCAAAUACCACAUCGACGAUUAGACGAUACACAAUCUUCAAGUUCGAUUGACGAUCCUCAUGCUGUUGAAUACAGUUCCAUACCACCCGUACAUGUGAGUAGGGGACCAGUCAACCAUUACCCCCCGCCCAUGAGUAGUCCCGUUCCCCAUGGCAACCACCUCCCACCCCCUCCUGAGUUCAGACACUCACCUGAAUACACUCAAGAGCCGAUAUCAAAUCAACCUCUAUAUAAUCAACCGUCUAGCCGUCACCAUAGCAACCCUUCACGUAUGAACUAUCCACCAAUUGAGAUUCGAUCUCCUACACAAGUUGAAACGGAGGCACAUCACAUGACCCGCUCUCCACGUCACAUGACCAGCUCCCCACAUCACAUGACCCGCUCCCCCUCCCCCGUAUAUAGUGCACCUGUAGUGAAGCCUAAACCAACAGCUCGGAGGAACCUACAGAAUGGGUUUAACGACAAUGGAACAAUUCCAGCUCAGGGGAAAUUUGAGCGAAUCCCAAUGUCUCAGAUUAAGCCCACACAACAGCAACAACAACAACAACAACAAGCUGCUGCUACACACAUGCCACAAGCUUUGCCCAACCAUCACUUGCUACCACUACAGCAUCCCGUAGAGAACAGUGGGUCUAGUCAUUCUUAUGAUGGAACAGUCUCAUCAGAAAGUUGGCCAUUAGAUGACCUGCAGAGACAGUUUGAGACUGAUAUUCAAGAUUUAGAGGCACUACAGAAUAUGCUGACACCAGCAGCUACUGAUAAUCAUCUAACCUUUGAGGUGUUCCAAGAUCAAGUGCAAGCGGUGGCUAUGAAUGACGGUGGACCUGUGUUCAUGAAUAACCAACAAAUGAGUAGAAACCAAUCUGCCCCUGGUGUUCAGUCUAAGCUAGUAGCUCCUCCCAAACCACCAGUCGCUCCUAAAUCACAGGCCAAGUCUGCCACUGAUCUCCGCAUUAAUCCCCCUCCUCUGAUGAUGGCGGACAAUAGACAGAACUCUAUUGGAAAUAGCUCAUUAGCUCUGAACAAGCAGCGACCUAGUGUGCCUGACCUCAAGCAAAUAGACCCACGCAAACCUAAGAAGCUGCAAGGCAAAGUGCGUGGUACAGUGUGGCAACCAAGAUCAAUGAACAGAGUCAUCGAAAGCUCCAGUGAUUCAGAAUGUGAUUCAGAUUCAGAUUUUAGCAUAGCAGACACCGUAGUGGAGGCUGAUGACAAUACUAGCCUCAAGUCAUCUCAUGUGUAAUGUAUAUUUUUUAAUCGCUUUUUGUACUUCUUUAUCCAUUCUCUGUGUGUGAUAUGGUUUUUUUAACUCACAACAUUGAUUGUAUGUGCAGUGGUGGUGUCUCAAGAUAUAAUUGGAUUCGAAUUUAA